AUGACUUCCUCAAUUGACAUGAAGGCUUUGACCAUAUUUAUUCAAUCGCCAGUAUCGCUGGAAAUGAUCCACAAGUUAGUGGUAGCUACUUUACAAGUUUUACCGUGUCAGGAAUCUAAGGGCUAUAAUGAAGUGGGCGGUAAACCAUUGCCCUCUUUGAUGACUUUCAUCACUAAGCUUGUGAGAUACACCAAUGUCUACACUGGCACUUUGAUGGCUUGUUUAGUGUACUUGAAUAGAUUGAAAGAGAAGUUACCAAAAAAUGCUCAAGGUAUCCCAUGCACAAGGCACAGGAUUUUGUUGUCCUGCCUUAUCUUGGCAGCAAAGUAUCAUAAUGACUCGUCGCCAAAGAACGUUCAUUGGGCUAAGUACACUGAUGGCUUAUUCAAUUUGAAGGAUAUCAAUUUGAUGGAGCGUCAAUUGAUGUACUUAUUAAACUGGGAUUUGAGAGUAAGUAAUGAAGAAAUGAUAGAGCACUUAGAUCUGUUCUUAACUCCAAUCAAGCUGGACUUGAUAAACUCGAACAAGGUCAGAAAGCAUUUGCAAAGACAGAAAUACCAAAGAGAAUUACAGAAGCACCAAAGACAACAGGCAAACAAACUUCAAGUUCCCGCCCACAACAACUAUCUGUCAUCUACUGUUUCAUCUGCAUCUUCAUCUCUGGCAUCUCCUAUUUCCAGGUCACCAAGCUCUGUGGUGUCGCGGUCUUCCUCCAACUCUUCUCUCAGCUUGAGACACUAUAGACAAGACUCGUCGUCAUCAUUAUCUUCCGUUUCAUCACCUGAAAUGAUACAAACGAGUCUGAAAGUCCUGUUACCUGAAAGAAUAGAUCCUAUCAUAGAGCUUACAGCUAGAAAUGAAGAAGUUGAAUUAAAUAGAAUGCUCAGACUGUUACAGCCAAGGGCAACCACUUAA